CUCGUCUCCCCCCUACAGAGCAGCAAACUGGAGUCCAGCGCACUGAGGAGGAGAAGCUUACAGGAGUACCGUGCUGAAGAAAAGUCACAACAACAUACAGCCGUACCGCACUUCUUAAAGGAAAAUAAUUUCUUCAGUCAUUUCUCCGGAAACAUGCUGCUGGUUUUCCUUUCUCUCCCUGCACACACUGUCAUCAGAGAAAAGCAAGAGCUGUCAUGAGUGGAGCCUUCCGAUCUGACAAGAUCAAGGGAAAAGCAGUUUUUGCAGUUAUUGGAGGAUGAAACACCUCCUCUCCAUAUCUCUCAGAAGUAGACAGCCUUGCAAAGAUGUUUGGCUUUUUUUUUCUUCCUCGGUGUAGAUGAACAUCAGGCUUGGAUUAUCCUCCUGAAGGUAUCUGUGGAAUGAGCCUUGAAAAGCAGCGAAGAAUAUAGUCCUGUAGACAUCUCUCGUUUCAGAAGAAAAGUGUGGCGGAUGGUGAUCACUGGUUCUUGAAUAUGAAAAAAGGACCUUUUGCGUUUUUUUCUGAGAGUGACUUUUCAAGAUGUGGCAGCAUUUUUACGAAUAGAGAUGUAGGACAGUUUUCAAACAUACAAAGUCUCUUAGAAUAAUUUUGUCCGCUUUAUACAGAGAUUACUGCAAAGUAUGCUCUAUCCCUCAAUGUAUUUAAAUUCUCUGAAUCAUCUACGAAGAAUCCAAAGAACUAACAAAAAAUGACUCUGAAUGGCUGACAUUUCUCAUCCUUCAUCUUGCUGGUUCAGAACACAUUUCCUGAUUAAGAAAACCGUCUGUUGAGUCAGAUUAAAGAAAUCGGACAAGGACAGUAAGAUAAGACAUGUUUAAUUUUUUUAAAUAAUAAAUGGAACCAGCCUCUAUAUCCUUUUCCAAAUUUAAGUCAGACCUUUUUUCUUUUUCUUUUUUUACAACUCAUUCAUCAGUCCUAUUUUUAAUUGAACGAUUUAUGCACAGUCCUUCUUUUAUUCAUUUUUUAAAUAAAAGAAUGAAUUAUGUUUUGAUUUCCAGCCAGGUUCUUGACUUAAACACAACAGCUCAGACUUCAUUGAAGUACGAAUAAGAAGGUCAGUUUUCACAUGCUGCUCAGUGGACAGUUAGCAUUCAUCACAUUCGAGGUUGGGAAUCACAAUUUACGCAGAGCUUGAAGAAACCGUUUCUGGUAACAAAUGUUUCACCAGUCGACUUUGCUGGCGGUACCUCAAGCAUGCUGUGAAUUAUGUUCGGAUUUCUGAGAACAAUUGUUUAUAGGCAAGAUGGGAAAUUCUGGCUCUUUUUUACUGAUGGAAAUCCCUAGAUGUCUGAGUGCUUUCAACUGAUUUUAAGAUGCUGCAGAACUUGGACUGAUUGUUCUGCAAAUUCCCUGUUCUUAAGCGAUCCAUGGAGUUAGAGUGGAACUGGCAAAUACGUCGCUGCCUCUAUUCCCCAGUCCUGGUAUUGGAAUAUUGCUAUUGAUCCUACCUGGAGGUCAAUUAAAGACUAAGCUGGGCAGACAAGUCUGGAUUAUCCGGGCGAACGAGUUUCAAUGCUCUUACUCAUUCUAAGAUGAAGUUAUGGAAGUGUGCAGCCAUCGCCUUGAUGCUCUGUGGUGCAGCACUGUCAGUCUUCCUCUGUAGAAACAUGAUUCCUGGAGGAGAGGGGCCUGGGGCCUGGCCUUCAUCUUCAUCCUCCACAAUCUCCUCCUCGUGGCUCAAAGGACAUCACAGGGCAGUCCGAGCUGCAGACAAGCCUUCUCUCUUCAGAGAAUUUUCGUAUCUGUUGCAAAGCUACACAGAAGGGGAGGUAAAGCAGCUGAUCAGCGCCCUGGUGGACAGAUCGGGGCCGGAGGACUCGCGCCUGGACCUCAGCCUCAGCAAGAGGACUAAGAGAGCCAGGAAGGGGCUGCUGAAGCCGUGCUCCCUGAAGGAGCUGGAGGUGAGCGUGAGCCAGCUGGGGCUCGGGUACGAGGGGGACGAGAUCCUGCUGUUCAGGUACUGCAGCGGGAGGUGCCAGGAGGCCCGGCGCAACUACGACCUGACGCUGGAGCACAUGAAGAAGCAGGGCCGAGUGAAGAAGGGCAAGGCCCGACACAAGCCCUGCUGCCGCCCCACCGAGUACGACGACGACAUCUCCUUCCUGGACAACGGCAACAAGUACCACACCAUCCGCGAGGUGUCGGCCAGGAAGUGCGGCUGCGUGUGACACCGCCGCCCUGGUGGCGGAGCCGUCCUGCUCCGAGUGGAGCAAGAGGUACUGUAGACAACCCCCCGGACAAGCUGCUCAAACCUUGUGAAAGACUACAAGAGAAACCGAGGACCUCUCUGAGGAGAAGCUGGAUUUAUUUAUGUUUCUUUUUUACUGAUCUACUUCUCUCACACCCAGCUCACAGAUUUCACCUGUUUUAGACCCCCUUAACACCCACUUUUUCAUUCAUCCCGGCUGAAACUCUGAUUGGCCUGAGAACAUCCAUUUGUUAGCGCAAUGCAUUCACAUGCAGGUUCGAAAUGGUGAAGGGCAUUCAAACCGUGCACACUGUGCAAUGCUUUAACUUAAAAACGAAAACAACCAAAACCCUAUGCAAGUGAAGUUUGUGGGCUGGAAAGGUGGCGAAUAAGUGUUUUUACAACUUGUUUCACAUAACAGGCGUUCCAGUUUCUGUUAGCAUUGCUGAAGAUUGAAGCCUUCACAUCAAUGCAUCAACUGUUACAAUCUACCUCAUUCUCAUUGAACAAAACCAAACUUCUAUCAGCCAGGCCAAGGGGACACUGAACCCACUUUAGCUGCUCUACAAGCUCCUCAGAGAAAGGAAGUGAUACUGACAUGGAAUCAAAGGGAAAGCUAGCUUCUCCUCCUAAUGCCCACUUUAGAGUGCAGAGAGUAAACACAAUCACCAUGUAUGUUGGCCACAGCGUUCUUGACGUUGAAGUUGAAGUGACCUAACAAAGGACAAGCUUCAGCCGACAUCCAGCUUGUUGCAAAGCUCCAAGCGUGGUAACUUUCUGAACUCAGAUGACUUGUAAAUAUUAUUCAUAGAGUGACCAUGGAGAAAGACUUUCAGAACAUUGUAUGUUAAACUUGUAAUCUUAAUCUUGUGCUUUUGUUUCCUGAAAGCAUUUUUGCCAAAUUUCACCUUUCCUACUACAUGGAGGUUUAUCUGUUAUAGCCACUGUCCAACCAGUGAGAAUCUACAGAGUUUUGCUUCCAAAAUGCUUGAAUUUAGCAUUCCCCCAAAAAUGAUACGAUCAGAAAACACUCAAUUACAUAAAAGCUCGCACUUGUGGCCUGUACAGCCUAUGUUGAUGUAUGUUGUAGCUCUUCUGUCCAAUAAGCUGUUCUCAGCCCUGGUCCAGAAGUAUCCCUGUAUCUUCUGAUUUAAUUUCAGUUAAGCUCUUGUUCAGUUAAGCUAACUGACCUCUAGUUGACUACUCAGAUGGACGAAGAUAGUAAUUAACAUUAACUGUAAUUUUUCACACCCACUUCCUCUUGUGUAGUGGAAUAUAAGUAACUGGACUUUUGGAGAACACGGAGUUUAUUUUUUGCAGGAGUGUUUGAUACAUUCCCACCUGUGUCUGGGUAUCAUAAAUCAAAAACUGCUGAGACACAAUUAAGGCCGUCAGCUCUUAAUUAAUAAGCAAUCUGAGGAGAGAACAAAAGGAUAUUUGCUGAAUGCCUUUGCAACAACACUUCUGCAGCAAAAGAUUUUUCGAACCAAAGACUUGUAAGAAACUAACAGACAGAAAACAAAGUGCAGAAACAGGUUUGGGUCUAAUUAACCAAAACAUUCACUUACAGAUGUCAAAACUGAUUAGCCCGAGUGAUUAAGAGCUCAUCUGGAAUGAAAGCCACCAGACACAGUGUCCUCCUGAAUCAGGGCUGAGUCCUGACAUAUACAGCUGAUGCCCAUGGCAGGUAGACCCAAAACUAUGAACCACCUCCAUCACUUUCUCAAGCACAGCAUGAGACCUUUCCUCCAAAGCUUCUUAUUCCCCUGAGCAGGCAUGUUUUUCAUAGCUUCUCAGGAACAGGGACAUUCAUCUUCACAUACUGUACCUACAUGCAUGAUAAUGUUUAAAACAAAGACCUGAAAAAAGAGAUUUUCCUAAUACUCCAAGUUACACCAGUCACAAUAAUUAGCUCUCUUUCAACAUAUUUAUAUUACAGAUAAAUGCUGUACGUACUCUUACCAGGGUAUUUAAUACUUACAGUAAAUGGGCCAUACAGUCAUAGAUUAUGAGUAAGAGACGUUAAAUUAUACCAUCCAGUAUCGACUACACCAGUAAGAUAUCCAAAAUAUUGUGUGGGUUUAUAUUUCUGACUCUGUACUUAUAGCACAGUAUCACACUCUGAUAGCUCUUUGAUUUAAUCUGUCUUGUUUUUGUUCCUUGUAACGGCUAUUUGCUUGAGGGCAGAAAUCAUUGUACUACCUGGUGCUGUCAUGUGAGAAGCAAUUCUUUCAAAUGUUGUGUUACUUUAUGCAUUGAGAAAACUCUAAACAAAGGUUAAUUUCUGGCAAAGCUCCUCGGAACCCAUUCCAUUAAGUUAGCAGAAAGCCAGACACUUUCAUGCAGGUAUUUAUGUUUAAGGAAAAGCAAUAGUGCUGCUUUUCUGGUCUCUUGAGCUGGGAUCAACUGGGGCAGUAGUCAGUGACAGACAUACCCCCACAUGCAAUUUUACUGGCAGAAUGAUACAUAUGCGUCUGGUGUUUGAAAGAUCUAGAUAAACAACAAAAGACAAAAUGACAAAUUCAACUCAAGUUCCUUACAUGUAAACCGGGCAUUCUUCUAUAUGAGUGAAUCUGUAACAUUUUUACUAUAGUACAAUCUCACCUAUGUUUGCCACACUCUAUUUAGAGCAAUUAAAACUGCCACUUGUAAUAGAUGUGCACAACUUAAACCAUUAGUUAACAGAUGACAAAACUGCAUGCUUGCAAACUAUGUAUUUAUAACCUUUUGGGCUGCUACCAAUCUUGGAAGACAUUAUGUCCCUGAAGAUGUAAAUGGCCAAUUACCUUUACCAUAUGUCCAUAUUCAUAAAAUAAUGCUGAGGCACAAUAGCACCAAUUUCUCACUCUGACAGGGAACUACAGCCAAUUAAAGCUGCCCAGGGUCGUCAUGUACUUCAAUUAAAUAAGCAAACAUGACUGAUGAAAUUAACCUUGUUCAAAAAAGGUCACAUUGUAUAAUUCUGAAAAUGUUUUUGAAAACUGAAUGUCCACAAAAAUGUUAUUGCCACUCUGUCUCUAUCUCUUUGUCCCAACUUGUUCCUUUUAACCCUGCUAGAUACACCUCUCUGAUACCACUACUGAUUGUAUAACUGACUUCACAAGUUUUACAGUCUCAAACCACAGUGAUCUAAAGCUUAUGGUACUCUCUGCAGCAACCAAAUACCUAAAUAUAUACCUUUAAAAAUGCAGUUACAGUAUGCAUCUGAUUAGCCAACAUCAAUCAGUUUGUAUCUCACUCACACCAACCUUAAAAUUUGAAUUGAGAUUACAUGAAAAUGUUUCUGAAAUUGUUUGUUGCUUUAAAAAUUAUAGGCGACAGUUCUUCAAGUGUACUACGAUAAGCAUAUUUUUUUACUUUACUGUGUCAGUACAUGCCCCUUCUAUUGGUCACAGAACAUGGGAAAAAUCCUUAACCUCAAGCUUUGAAAAUAGAUUGCAAACAUCUGCCCUACUGUUGUGAGAAAAUACAUUCAUAUAUUAAUGAACCAACAAUAAAAGGAUACUCUCACACUGGUGUUCAGUGAUGGGAACAAAACCUGACACUCUUCCCAGGCACAUAUCGUUUUUAACCCAGUCCCUUCCUUGGAAUGAUGACAAACACAGUCCUUCCAAAAAACGCACAAUCCAACCCUCCCUGGACAUCUGAGGCUGUUCUUGCAUGGUAAACAACGUUAACAAGUUUAGUCAAGCCUGGUAUGAUAAACUUGCACUCUUCUCAUCUGGACCCACAAUUUGUAGCCCAUUACCUAUACUGGUGCACUUGGGAGACCAUGUUGUACAGCAGAGAUACUGUGGCUUUCAUUCCAUAUAAGUCUCAAAAUGUAUUGAUGUAAGUUUUUAUGUAGUUGCAUACGUUGUUUUCCACCCGUCAAGUUCACUGGCAACAGAUAAAGACAUCAGACAGCAGGGCAGAGCUGUCAGAGAGCCCCCAGUGCAGGAUGAGCCAACGUCCUCUAGAUGCAACUGCAACUCCUAAGACUUGGCUGUGUCCGCAGGCUUGCAGUGACAUCAGAGUGAUCGGCCUCGACCCAGAUCUCUAUCUGGUGCUCCUUCUCCUGUCAGGCACUGUGGAGCUCCCAAAGUAUCCCGUAAAAACCAUGCUACAGAGUCCCCUUCUCUCCAAACAAGUACAGGAUCUAUUGCAGGAAAGCCAAAAAAUCAUAGUCUGACUCCAUAGAAAAGUAACUAAUCAGGUCAGUCGAUUAAAGGAACCGACUCAUGAAGCCACUAAGAGCUCUGCCAGUAAUUGAGGCACCCGACCUAAAGCCUAUGUAGUAAAAAAUAUCAAAAGAUAGCAGUUCAUGUUAACAGUACGUACCAGUUAACGGUCCUGUAUAAACUGGCUAAUAAGUGAACUUGUAUCUGAAAGCUAUAUGACACAUGUAAUGUAUGUGAAGCAUAUAUUGAAAUAUACCUGUGUUAGUUCCAAGCUUGUGUAAACGUUAAAUGUACAGAUUUCUGCAUGUAAUACAUACUGUACUGCUAAGACAUCAGGCCACAUUUAUAGCACUGAAUCUUGGGUGACACUUUAGUUGAAGCAUCUCAUUCAAGGCAUGCACCAAUUUUAUCUGAAGUGAUGCAGAGCACCUACAUAGUAAUACACUAUAAAUACUUCGUUUGCAAUAUUUCAAGCUGGAAACACUAAAGGGUCAAGGGUCCCUUAGUCAUAUUGAAUUGUGCAUUUAAACUUUAAAACAAUUAUCAAAACUAAAACUCAAAAAGGGCGAGGUAAUACUGGGCACUGCAGUAUUUUGGGAGUGUUCUGCAGUAAUCCUAAACAUGACAAGUUUUCAUUUCCAGUACAGCUUAACAGAAAAGGUGGUGUUGUAUUUAUAUCACUUGGGUGUCAGUAUGUUUCAUGAGCACCUAACAGUGGAUCUUUACUUAAAGUGUUACCUCAGCAUUUUCCCUGUCAAGACGUCGCUCUUCAUUACUUGCUGUCUCUUGAGCAUUUGUGAUAAACAAGAUGAAAAAGUAACACACAGUAAACUUCAGUUCUGGCAUUGUUGGACUCUCUGGACCAACUGCAGUAAGUUGAUGCAAUGCAUCUGUAUUAUGGAUAAUCUAUAUUUAUUGGAAGUAAGUUAUGUUUUAUUUAUUUAGAUAUCAUCAUUGAUAAAGAAGAACACUUUUAUUUAUUGAACUAUUGGUGCCAAAGUGGAGUUUACAUGUAUUAUAUUCUACACCCUAUACUGACUGUU